CGGCACCUCAACGUCUCCACUGUCUGGUGCAGCAGAGAGACCUGCUGGUCACGAUAUGCGGAGAAGAGUGUGCAUGCGGCAGGAUUCGUCGAUUUGCAACAGGCAUGGACAACUGCAGUGGAGGAGAAUGGACGGAUAUUCGAUGAAGGCACCGGACGCCGGCAGGAGGGCUGAGGUCAUGAGGAGCGUCGAGACACAAGCUGCGACACGGCGACAUGAAUCCACCCACAGACCACCGUGAGAGAGAUGCUUGACAGACAGCAAAUGCUGGCAAACUCCUGGCAUGCUCUUUGUGCGCGCGUGUGUGUACAUGUGGCUCUUUCUUUCCGCUUAGGCAGCUGCAUUAUGCUGGGACCGUGUGCCGUGACCCGUCUGCACUGAUGAAGAAACCCGCAAGAGCCAAAGGCACGUUUUCUUGCAAGGCAAACCCGCCCAGCCGUCUCCCCAGCUGUCUGUUUAUCUCCCCCUCUCUCUGUUCCAUGCCAUGCACGCAGACGCUGUUCGGGCCACCCUGGCGGUUCUUGAGAGCAAGACACCGAGUGAGAGGACUCCCUGUCUAUGACUGCAGACGCAUCUAUCAUGAAGGGCCCUUCAUGCAAUCAAUGCAUUGUCAUUCGUGCAGCCGUCGAGAGAAGAGAGGAUCUCGAGUAUGAUGGCGCCUCAGCUGCUCGUCCGCCAAUGCCGCCGACACAGCGGAGAGGCAGGAGUGUGGGGCCGCAUGCCGCCGCCAUCCGGAAGGCUGUCAGCUCUUUGUCGGUCUCCAAGUUGAACACGACCCGUGAAGAAUCGGUGACCCGCGAGACAGAGGAAGGCACAUACACACACACUCCUUCAUCUAAUUGAUUGGUUCCCUUGGUGUGCCUUCAGGAGGUUGGGGCUUUUUACGACUGGUUGGCCUCGCAUGGUCUGGAGGGGUACAUGGCCCAGCUGCUGUCGAAUGGAUUCUCAAUAGACGUAUGUAAAAGGGAACGAACAUGCAUACGAGGGGCUGGCAACCAGACGCAUCAGCCCACACUGUUGCUACGCGCAGGUGCUGUCGCGGGGGUGUGAUAACGGGGAGCUCCAUAGGCGAAUGAGAGAGGUCCUCACCUUCCAAACAGGUAGGCACUAGUGUCAAGCGCACACGAGUUCACACUACAUGAAGCAGCGAUAUCGAUUGCCCUAUGGUCUGGUGGAAUGCUGUCUGCAGAGGCCGACUGCAGGCGACUGUUGAAAGCGGUCAAGGCUCUGGCGGGCCCUGAAAGGCACUGAAAGAGUGUGUCGUAGGCCAGACCCGUAUCAUCGAUAGCGCCACACGUGCAUGUAUGUACGGACAUCUCCCGAUGGAUGGAUGGAUGGACACGCCUCGUUUGUGUCUUGCUACGACUCUCUCUCUACCUUGGAGUGCCGAUAAAUGUUGUUUCG